CAUUUUUACGCACUCCCUGCGCACUCCACUGAUAUGAUUGGUUGGAUUAAUUUUUUUUUAAUACACAACCAAUCAUAUUACUGGAGUGCACAAAGGAGUCUGCAAAAAUGACUACACAUAGAAUUUUCCUACUUUCAUAAGAUAGUCAUUUUACUCCAAAACCCUUUUCAUGCUUCGAGUCAUUAUCUUUCAAAAAUUGGAGGAUUUAUAAUCUCAAGCUCUCCUGAACUGUAUAGCCGAAUGCAUGUUUCUUUUUUAGAUUCCUUUAACGCUUUGUUCUAUGAGUGAGUUUUUGGACAAACUACUCGCAGGCAACGAUGAAGAAAUCUCCAGUAUACCCGAAACAUGAAACGAGUGCUUUCGGGGCCGAUGAAAUAUUUGAUCCUAAUGUGGACUUUUCUCAGUUCUUGGAAGAAGCAAGGCACCACGGAAGAGUUGUAGAUUUCCAGAGCUCACCACUUUACCCAGAAGAAAAAGGAAAGAAAAGAUUGGCAGGAGACAAACAGGCCAGCAAGAAAUCAUGGAAAAACCAUCUAUUUUCAUGGUGGAAAACUGAAAAAAAGAGCGAGCCUCGAGUGAAAUCAACAAGCAGCUCUUACAUGAAUUCUCUUCCAAAACGGCAUCUUGUUUCUGGUCCAAUACAUGGCAGUGGCAAGACCAAGAACAAUGAUGGCAGGCACGGGCGACCGUCAUCCGGACCUCUCACCGGUCUUUUCAACCCCACAAAGAGAGUGGAGAAUGAGAUACCUUACAUGUGUCUGGACGAAGUAGAUAGACCUCAGGCCCUUCAAACCUAUGGCCCUGUUUACCUGGUAACCUAAGUGCAUGGAAAUCAUGGACAUCAGCAACAAGUUUUUUGGCCCGAGCUUGAAUGUGGUGCAUCUGCAUUUUCCACAUUAAAAUGUUCAUUGAUCUUGUUGCGGAAUUGUGUGAAAUUUGAGGACGGGAUUUGCUUUCUGGACAUUUUCUGUGAUUCCAUUUAAAUGGUUUCGUUCUAUUUUUUUGUUGAUUUUGGUGUAUUUUUAAUAGAAUUU